GAUGCUGGGCCUGACCCAUUUGACCUGCAGGUUGAUGGUGCUGCUAGAAAGGAAGCAGGAGACAAUGGAGCCCAAGCUGUUUCUACGGAAGGUUCCAGAACUCCUGGUGAAAGCCCCUGCCACAUAGAGGAACCAUUGCUGGCCUUGGAAAAUGGGAGGCUGUCUGCUGUCUCCUGUGACUCGCUCUUACAACCAGGACCUGCAAGUGGGGGAAACUCUGCAGUGCCGGCUGGCAGUGGAAGUCCCAAAGCCGGGCCGCCUCCUCUGGUGGAGGGUGAGCAGACAACAGAGGAGGAGCGAGUGUCUCCAGCCCCCGGGGCGGACGCCAGGCGCUGUGAGAUCUCCGUGGGGCCUGCAGGUGAGGAUGGAAUUGCAGGUGAUGUGGCUCGAGCAACAGAGCUCAGCAAGGAUGGAACGGUCCAGCCAUCUUCAGAUCCCAGGGAAGGGGCAUCGGGUAGCAUGGGCACCAGCUCCAAGCCGGCCAGUGUGAUCGCGGGGCUCCCCGACUUCAGAGAACAUAUCACCAAGAUCUUUGAACAGUCUGUGCUUGGACCCCCAGCUGCUGAGCGAUCCCAGAGUGAAAAGAUAGGAGCUGGAAGGAGUACAGCAGGCAAAGACCUCACCAGAUCACGAAGCCCGGAGAAGCUUCUAGAAGGGAUACAAGGAGUUGUCGCUGCUCCUCUCCCUGCACCUCCUGCUGGGCUCUGGGUGGAGAAGAAGCAAACAUUGGCUGCCGAGGCUGAGAUUGUUCAUCCGAUUCCUGAGGGUGCAGCUUCCGACAAGCCUCCAGGUCCAAUGGGGCUGGUGGUGGCACAGAACCUUCCAGAUGCCUAUGUUGAAGAGAAGGUGACCGGUGUCCCAAGAGUGAAGAGGAGUGAGAGGUCAGAGGUUACUGGGGAGGCGUGUCUGGUGCUGGGAGUCUGGGCUCCCUUAUCCCCAGGGAAGGAUGAGCAGAAAUUAACUUCAGGUCAUUCCUCUGCUGGGACUGCUCAGGGGACCCCUGCAGAGAACACCAGUGGCUUCCAGGUGUCUCCCCAGACCCCUGGAGAAGAGGACCUGGAGACACUGGCAAGACACAGAGAAGACAUGCUCUUGGACUGUGCUCUUCCAGGGGGCCCAGGAUCCACCGCUGCCCUAGAUGCAUCUUCUCCCUGCGGGGAUGUUUGGAUGGAGCCCCAGGCUGACAAUGAGCGCAGGAGCCCUGACACACUCGGGAGUGAGAGGAAGCUGGACACUGCUGCCAGCAUCAGAGACAUGCACGAAGCCCCUGGGCCAGCCUCUGGAGCAGGAGCUGCUGGGGGAGCCCAGGGUGGCGUCCUGUUGAGCCCAGCUGAGAUGCGGGCAUGCGCUUCCUCCGGUGACCUGCCUGAAACAGGUACUGCGAGGCUGCUUCCCGGCGUGGCUGCUGACUCAGCGCGGCCAGGGAGCUGUCAGGACCCAGCUUGCCCUGAUCAGACUCAGCCAAUGGAGGCCGCAGCCGACCCGCCAGGGGACAGCCCAGCUGGGCACCCACCGGUCAAAGGACAGCCAGGACCUGAGCUCCCUGCUCCUGCCGGACCUGGGAAUACCAGAGUCUCCUCAGCCCCAGGGCCUGACAAAGUUGGAGACCUAAAGCAACCACUUUUGGCUCCGGAAGAGCUCAACACUGACAGGAAGAACCCUGGGUCUGGUCCAGCUACCUUCCCUCUGAUUCCUGAGAAGGAUGUUCUGGGAGUGACUUCGGAUGAGGUCGGAGGCCCGGGAGGACCUGCGAGCACCACCCCGGCUGCUGCUCACGUGGGUCGAGCUGCUCCUCCGAUCUCAGAACACACAGCUUCACCUGCCUCCGCAGCUGCUCAUGAAGUAGAAGGCUCCACUGCCACCGGCCAGGAUUCGGCCAAGGACAUAAGCAGGAGCUCUGACUCGGAAGAAGCGUUUGAGACCCCAGAGUCAACCACCCCCGUCAAAGCUCCACCAGCCCCGCCCCCACCGCCCCCUGAAGUCAUCCCAGAACCUGAAGUCAGCACACCACCAGCCCCGGAAGAGCCAGGAUGCGUUUCUGAGCCAGUCACGGUCCCCGAUGGCCCGCGUGGUGACUCGGUGGAAGGAAGCCCUUUCCGACCUCCACACUCCUCCUCUGCCGUCUUCGAUGAAGACAAGCCCAUAGCCAGCAGUGGGACUUACAACCUGGACUUUGACAGCAUCGAGCUGGUGGAUGACUUGCAAAGCUCGGAGCCUUGCGCCUCAGAUUGUAAGGGACAGGAGUGCAAGGUGAGCACGCGGAGGAAGUCUACCGAAUCCACGCCGCCCUCCAAGUCCACGCUGUCCCGCUCGCUCAGCCUGCAAGCCGGCGACUUUGACGGUGCCACCUGCCCAGGCAGCCCCGAGGCCGUGGCCCUCGUCCCAGAUGGGUGCAGCACGGGGUCCAGCAGCGCCUCCAGUACCCUUAAGCGAACUAAAAAACCACGGCCACCUUCCUUAAAAAAGAAGCAGACCACCAAGAAGCCCACGGAAACCCCGCCGGUGAAGGAGAGCCAGCAAGAGCUGGCCGAGGAGAGGCCCAUCCCCAGCGAGGAGCACCCGGCCUCCGAGUCAAAGACGGAGCCAUCCACUGCAGAAGCUUCUGGAUCCACUGUGUUGGAGGAGACGCCCCCAGAACCCCCCACCGUGCCUCAGGCCACCUGUCCUCCAGAGCCAGAGGCUGUGGAGGACGUGGGGCCCCCAGCCUCGGGUGGCGGCAGAGUGCAGAACUCACCCCCUGUUGGGAGGAAAACGGUGCCUCUUUCCACGGCCCCCGAGGAGGGGGAGGUAGCCCCAUCGGACAGUGGGGAGCAGGAGGACCCCCCAGCCAAAGGGCUCUCGGUGAGGCUGGAGUUUGACUAUUCUGAGGACAGCCAGCAGGAAAACCCCCCUCCCACCAAAAAGCUAGGCAAGAAGCCAGUUGUCAAGAUGCCCCUAAGGAGGCCAAAGGUGAAGAAGACCCCCGAGAAAGUUGACACCACUCCCGCCUCGCCCACGCGAUCCCCCGCCGACCCCAACGACAUCCCCAUUGCCAAAGGCACCUAUACCUUUGACAUCGACAAGUGGGAUGACCCCAAUUUCAACCCUUUCUCAUCCACCUCAAAAAUGCAGGAGUCUCCCAAACUGCCCCAACAAUCAUACACCUUUGACCCCGACGCCUGUGAUGAGUCCCUUGACCCCUUUAAGACCCCCGGCUCCCCUUCCAAAUCCCCGGCCUCCUUUGAGAUCCCAGCUAGUGCCAUGGAAGCCAAUGGAAUGGACGGGGACGGACUGAACAAGCCCGCCAAGAAGAAGAAAACGCCCCUGAAGACUGACACAUUUAGGGUGAAAAAGUCGCCAAAACGGUGUCCUCUCUCAGAUCCACCAUCACAGGACUCCACUCCGGACUCCACCCCAGAAGCCCCCCCAGUGAUCUCUGCAGUGGUCCAUGCGACUGAUGAGGAGAAGCUGGCGGUCACCAGUCAGAAGUGGACGUGCAUGACGGUGGACCUGGAGGCCGACAAGCAGGACUUCCCGCAGCCCUCAGAUCUGUCUACCUUCGUAAAUGAGACCAAAUUCAACUCACCCACGGAGGAGUUGGAUUACAGAAGCUCCUAUGAAAUCGAAUAUAUGGAAAAAAUUGGCUCUUCCUUACCUCAGGAGGAUGACACCCUGAAGAAGCAGGCCUUGUACCUCAUGUUUGACACGUCUCAGGAGAGCCCUGUCAAGUCUCCUCCCGUCCGGAUGUCAGAUUCUCCAACGCCUUGUUCAGGGUCAAGUUUUGAGGAGACUGAAGCUCUCGUGAACGCUGCAGUAAAGAUCCAGCAUCCUGUCACGUGUGGGCUCGCCUCUAACCAAGAGCCUCAUUUGCAGGUGCCAGAGAAAUCCUCCCAGAAGGAGCUGGAGGCCAUGGCCUUGGGCACCCCAUCAGACGCCAUUGGAAUUAGAGAGUCUGCGCACCCAGCUGAUGUCUCCAUCUCUAAAACCGCCUUGUACUCCCGCAUCGGGACCACUGAGGUAGAGAAACCGGCAGGCCUUCUGUUCCCACAGCCUGACUUGGACUCUGCACUGCAGGUUGCCAGAGCAGAGGUCAUCACCAAGGAGAGAGAGGUCUCAGAGUGGAAAGAUAAAUAUGAAGAAAGCAGGCGGGAAGUGAUGGAAAUGAGGAAAAUCGUGGCCGAGUACGAGAAGACGAUUGCACAGAUGAUAGAGGAUGAACAGAGAGAGAAGUCUGUGUCCCACCAAACAGUGCAGCAGCUGGUCCUGGAGAAGGAGCAAGCCCUCGCUGACCUCAACUCCGUGGAGAAGUCUCUGGCUGACCUCUUCAGGAGAUACGAGAAGAUGAAGGAGGUCCUGGAAGGCUUCCGCAAGAAUGAAGAAGUGCUGAAGAAAUGUGCACAAGAGUACCUGUCCCGCGUGAAGAAAGAGGAGCAGAGGUACCAGGCCCUGAAGGUGCAUGCAGAGGAGAAGCUGGACAGGGCCAACGCUGAGAUUGCCCAGGUACGAGGCAAGGCCCAGCAGGAGCAAGCUGCCUACCAGGCCAGCCUGCGGAAGGAGCAGCUGCGAGUCGAUGCUCUGGAAAGAACACUGGAGCAGAAGAAUAAAGAGAUAGAAGAACUCACCAAGAUUUGUGAUGAACUGAUUGCCAAAAUGGGGAAAAGCUAACUUUGAACCAAAUGCUUGGACUUGAGCGUUGCGUGCAAUAUGACCGUCGGCACACUGCUGCCCCUCCAGGAUGAGGACAGGUUCUCUUCUCACCUUUUGUAUGCACUACUGUACUUCCUUCCUACGUAGAGUCGAUUCGAUUGUAUGCAGUACUGAGGAGACUAUCAAGAUUUCUUGCUAUUGGUUUGCAUUUUCCUAGUCUAAUUCAUAGCAAGUUGACCUCAGAGUUCCUGUAUCAGGGAGAUUGUCUGAUUCUCUAUAAUAAAAGACAAAUUGCUGACCUUGGUCUUGCCAUUUGUACACGACUUCCCAGGGUGAGCAGCUUUGGAUUUACUACGAACAUGUACAGCGUGCAUAGGGACUCUUGCCUUAAAGAGUGUAAACUUGGCCUGCAUUUGCUGAUUUGUUUAAAAAAAAACAAACGCAUGUUUGGAAUAAAAUCCUCUAUUGUAAAUAAAUUUUUUUCCUUUGGAUCUUG